CCGAAAGCCCCCUCCCGUAAAUCCGCCUGUGCCAUGCCCUGCUCUAAAGUGUUGGGUUUUCUUGUGGUUAUCGAGUAGGUUAUAAACAUACUUCUCGUUCCAGCAAAAUACUUUUUUCUCUACAUGCUCUAUCACUGUUUGGAUGCAUUAUGUUAAGAACGGUUGUUUUAAGAUUGUUUGGUAAUAGAAUUGGACGACAUUGUAUCAGCCAUCCUUCAUCUGUUUGUAAACAUCUGACUAGUAAACAUGUAAUAUUAGAAAAUCUAACAAAGCAUCAAAAUUCAAUCAGAUAUUAUGCCAAAGGAAAGAAUAAAACUAAGGAAGACAAAGGAAAAGGUAAAACUAAAAAUAUAGAAAUUAAUGAAUCAUUACUUGAAGAAGUAAUUAAUUUUCAAAAAUUGAAGUCUGAAUUAGAGAAUUCUGUCACAAGAUUAAAAGAGGUUUUUAUCACACAACUUUCAUUGAGAUCUUCAACAGGUGCUAUCGAUAACUUAACUGUUAAAUUUCAAGACAAGAAGUACACACUGAUGGAAUUAGGGCAAGUAAUAAGAAAAAAUCCCAAAACAGUCAUAGUUAACAUGGGUGGUUUUCCCCAGGCCAUACCAGCUGUUUUAAAAGCUAUAUCUGAUUCUGGAAUGAAUUUAAAUCCCCAGCAAGAUGGAACAACUUUAUUUAUUCCAGUUCCCAAAGUUACCAAGGAGUAUAGAGAAGGUCUUGCCAAAAAUGCUAAAGCUCAAUUCAUCAAAUCUAGAGAUGCCAUCCAUAAUAUUCAAAACAGAUAUUUGAAAUCUGUGAAAAAUAAAGUGAAGGAAGGUUUAUCUGAAGAUACAAGCUAUCAGUUAUCAGAACAAAUUAAACAUCUUGCGGACAUGUAUGUAGCAAAGGCUGAGAAAAUUUUAGAACUGAAACAAGCUGAACUUCUUGGAGAAAGCUAAUGGAUUUCCUGGUGCCCUGAAACAUUGCAUAUUACCUGAUUCAUAAACAAUUGGCUUAAGAUUAGUAAUAUACAAUUUUUAUAAGCUUAAUAUAUUUAAUUUAUUUUGUUUAUAAUGGAGACAUUUAAUAUUUUAUAGUGUUAUUGCAAUUCAUAGUCUAGAAGACAGGAAUGAUUUUAGAAUGUGAUUUGAAUGCUAAACAGUCAUUUUUUUCAGUGAAUCUAAUGGACUUAUAAAAUGUUUGUAACUUGAAAAUAGUGAAUUGUGAUUUUUUGUUUGUUUUAAGUGUUCCAGUGCUACUUAAAGCUCUCCUUAUUAGUAUUCAAAGGUUGUUUAAUACAAUCACAGUUAUU